AAAUAGAAUUCAUAAAACUCUGCGCAUCAGGAUGCGCACAGCGGUUAAACCCUCACUUCGAUGGAGGACGCCUUGAAAAAUUCAGGCUAUGAAGAGGAAUGAUAUAUUACUCACUUCAAGAUGGUCUAUGAUUUUGAUGUAAAGGAGUUUUGUCAAAACUUGAAGGCAACUAAGCCUCCGUAUGAGUGCCCAGUAAGAUCAUGUGGAAAAAUCUACAAAAGCUACUGUGGAAUUCAGUUUCAUUUAUACAACUUUGAUCAUGACAAUCCAGAAAAUAACUCCCCUUCUCCAGGGAAGAAACCAGGAAAGAAAAAGACCAAGUGGGGCCAUCACAGGUCCAUGCGGCGGUCCCCUACACCACCAGAAUUUGUUGUUCCACAACGAAGAGAAACUCUUACAUAUGCUGAGGCUCAGAGACUUGUUGAGAUUGAUUUAGAGGGUAGACUUCACAGAAUUAAUAUCUAUGAACCGCUUGAAAUCAUCACUCAGGAUGAGAUUGACAACCACCACAACACGGAAAAAGAGGAAAAAGCAGAGAAAACUCCGCUAAAGACAAAAGUUAGUGAAACACAGAAAACUCGCAAGGAGCAACCACCCCAGGGUCAAUCUACAGUUAAAUUACCAGAGGCUCAGUACAAAGUCAUAGAUGAUUACAUUAAACCCAAUAAGAUCUCAAAUAGACAGAAUUCAUACUAUCGCUAUAUUGAGAAGUCUUCAGAGGAGCUGGAUGAGGAAGUAGAGUAUGACAUGGAUGAAGAGGAUCAUGCCUGGUUAGAAAUCCUGAACAAAAGUAGGAAAGAAGACGGCAUUGUUCAGGUUAAACAGGAAGACUUUGAGUUGCUGAUGGACAGAUUUGAGAAAGAGGCCUUCUUCCAGAGUCAAACUUCAGGAAAGGACCUAGGCCCUUCUAUAGAUGAGGAUGCAGUGUGCAAUAUUUGUCAAGAUGGUGAAUGCCAGAACAGUAAUGUGAUCUUAUUUUGUGACAUGUGUAAUUUAGCAGUACAUCAGGAGUGCUAUGGUGUACCAUAUAUUCCAGAGGGACAAUGGCUAUGUCGGAGGUGUUUACAAUCCCCAUCUAGAGCCGUGGACUGUUGUCUGUGUCCAAACAAAGGUGGGGCAUUCAAGCAGACAGAUGAUGGCCGUUGGGCGCAUGUUGUGUGUGCUUUAUGGAUUCCUGAAGUCGGGUUUGCAAAUACAGUGUUUUUAGAACCUAUAGAUAGUUUUGAUAAUAUACCACCAGCCCGGUGGAAAUUAUCGUGUUACAUAUGUAAGCAACGAGGUACGGGGGCAUGUAUUCAGUGUCACAAAACAAACUGUUAUACAGCAUUUCAUGUUACUUGUGCUCAGCAAGCAGGACUUUACAUGAAAAUUGAACCUAUCAAAGAAUCUAGUGCUAGUGGAUUAACUGUGAGUGUAAGAAAGACAGUGUAUUGUGAUGUUCAUACGCCGGCCGAUUCCGACUGUAUGCCCUGUCUCACUGGGGCUGACAGCUCGGAAGAUGACAAUAAGUCUGCUUCAGCUAAAAAGGCCAAGGAAAAGUCCAAAUUAAAAAUGAAAAAAGCCCGUAAAAUCUUAGCAGAGAAACGCAAUGCUCUUCCUGUUGUUUCUAUACCCAUUAUUCCACAAUCAAGGUUGUCCAAAAUUACCAACAUGAUCAGCAUACCUAAGAAGCAGCCAUUCCUGACUAAGUUGUUGAGUUACUGGACAUUAAAGAGGCAGUCCAGAAAUGGAGUGCCUCUACUGAGGAGAUUACAGUCAAAUCACAUGACCAGGAACAAACAUGAGACCAAAAAUGACAAACAGAGUAAUGCCCUAAAGGAGCAGCUAAAGUACUGGCAGAGGUUACGACAGGAUCUAGAGAAAGCUAGACUUCUGGUGGAACUGAUCAGGAAGCGAGAAAAACUCAAGAGGGAGCAGUUAAAGGUACAUCAAAUGGCUAUGGAGUUGCAGCUUCAGCCAUUUGCUGUGUUAUUGCGCUCAACUCUUGAGCAACUAGUGGAGAAAGAUUCCUCCAAUUUUUUCACAGAACCGGUGUCACUGGAUGAGGUUCCAGAUUAUCUUGAGUACAUAGAUAAACCAAUGGACUUUGAGACCAUGCGAACAAACAUUGACAGUCACAAGUAUCGCACAAUGGAUGAGUUUGAGUCAGAUUUUGACCAGAUCAUUAGGAAUUGUAUGAAGUAUAAUGCCAAAGACACAGUGUUCUAUAGAGCAGCUGUCAAACUUAGGGAUCAGGGUGGGGCUGUUAUCCGGACUGCCAGGCGUACAGCAGAAAGGGUGGGAUAUGACCCUGCCACCGGUCUACACAUGGAGCAAGUGCCAACAGUCCCAGAACCUGUUGUCUUAGAGGACAUUGAUAGUUUCUUAGAAGACACGAAAGAUGGCAUGCCUCUUGAAGAACAACUUAGGAUAUUGCUUGACAAGAUGGACAUGGCGAAUUCCUCUAGAAAACCAGGUAAAUCUAAGCUAGCCAGGAGGAUAAGGAAGGAGAUAGUUAAGGUGCGGAGGAAGUUAGCCAUUCAGAAAGGUCAGCAAGCCAGUGACCUAGAUGACAUGGCCGAGACUGCUUCAGACAACAAUGAUGAAUCAGCAGAGGACGGACCAGAUCUCUCACACACACCCAAACCUCAAAAAUCAGCAGACAAGUCCACUCCAAAGGGAUCUACCAAAGACGCUCCAACAAGAGGGAGAGGCAGAGGAAGGGGGCGUGGUCAACCGGGACGGCCCAGGAAAGUUCGUAAUGAUUCUGAAAGCGAGUCUCCAUUAGUAGGAGCUAGACUAAUUGAAAAGAGAAGGUCAUCUGAUAGCUCAAGGACAACAGAAUCCUCAAGUACCUCCUCCAAAGACAGCACCUCCUCCCAUCCAACACAAAGCGGUGUAAACAGACGGACCUCUGUGUUGUUUGGCAAGAAGAACUUCCGCAACAAUAAGAAUGAUAGCUCUGCUCCUAGUUCUCCAGGGACACCAACUCAACCUUCUACUCCACCCCGCAGGAAUUCCAAAGGUGGCCGCCCUUCAAAGCAGAAGGGGGACCAUACUGACUCCCCACAGCCUCCAGUCCUGGAGCCAAUGACGUCAGGUCGCUCCUCCUCCAGAGGACCAGCUAGUCCUAAAAGUCCUGGUGUCAGGAAACGCUCAGCUAGUGCAAUUACCUCCCCUGAUAGAGAAUCUAGACCAACUCCACCGAAAAGAACCACUUCCCUAAGUGAGCCCCUGUCAUUCUCUGACCCACCAGACAUCACAAAGAGGGAUAGUUUUCGCUACUACCGAGGUCCAGACAAUUUACGCAGUUCAUCAGAGUCGGACAGCACCUCUGUGAUUAGUUCCAGUGACGAGUCUCUAACAGACAGCUCUCUUGGAAGUUCCAGUUCUAACAGUCGAUCAGAAAUAAAUUCAAAUGGACUCCCCAAAUUAUCUGAGGAGGGAACGGAGAGCGAUUCCUCUGCCUCCCCCGCCACUCGUCACCAUGCACCUGAUAAUGGAUCAGGGUCAACUAAGCUCUUAAAUAGUGGUGUUUUGCUGCGGAACUCUGUUACUAACACACCUGCAUGCUCCUGCACCUCUCUCCCUGCUUCCUCGCAUGCCAAGCUUGUGUGUGAACCAGAUUGUAUAGAGAUAUUUUUGGCUGAUCGUUGUGACAAGGCUAUUAGCCUGGGUACAAUGAAUCAGGCUGGGUCUAAUUUCAUAGAAAAUGUUAUGGGGGUUCAAUCCUAUAACCUUAGGUCAGGGAAAAUAUCCUGUCCAAGAAGAACUUCAGGAAAGACUGAUGGAAAGGCAGCUUCCAAUGCGAGCCUGUCGAAGAAAAUGAAACCAGGAAGCAGCAGAGAUGGGAAUUGUAUCAAGGAACCACUGUUUAAAGUUAAAACUAACUUGAAUUGUAGAAGUGUGUCAAAAAAAAGUCCUAUUUGUGAAAAUUCUUUGAAUUCUGACUUAAGUUCAAUUAUUUUUGAUGAUGCCAAAAACAUAAGAUCACUGAGACCAAGAGUUUCAAAGUUCCCAAAGAUAUUUCGAGAAUCUCCAAAUCUGAAGAAAUUUAAAUGCCAAGACAUAUGUAGUGUACAAGACAAACCAAUCAAAUCACCAGAACAGACCUGGGUUCUGUCCCAGCUCAUACAUAUCACAGACUGUAAACUGAGACCUAGAAAGCUGUCUAGUGAUAUCAAGCAAUUGGACACUGACAGUAUGAAAUCUCCCAACUCUGACACAAGUAAAACAGGUGUGAACAAAGCUGACGUACAUAAAGGACGAGCUCAUCGGAGUGGAAGCUGUGACUCUGAAGACUUGAUCCCGCUGGAGCCCCUUGACCUAGUUUGGGCUAAGUGUCGAGGAUACCCUUGGUACCCAGCAUUGAUAAUUAAUCCCAAAAUGCCAAAAACUGGUUACUUUCACAAUGGUGUACCAAUACCGGUUCCUCCUGAUGAUGUACUGGCUCUACAGAGAAAGUAUGAUGAGCCAGUCUACCUCAUCCUGUUCUUUGACACUAAACGCACAUGGCAGUGGCUACCAAGGAAUAAGUUGGAACCACUAGGAGUGGACUCAGGGUUGGAUAAGGCUAAAUUAUUAGAGAACAAAAAACCCAACGUCAGGAAAGCUGUCCAGAAGGCUUACGAAAAGGCGAUUCUCCACAGAUGUAGUGUCACAGGAGAACCCAAUCCCCUGUCUGGGGACUCAGAGCUAGAGGAUCAGGACUAGGGAGGAACAACAGCGGACAGGUGGGAAGACAAGCUUUGACAUGGAGUUCACUAGUUUUUCACACCAAAGUAUGAGCAGGCAUACAGUUUUAUGCUACUCUUUCUUGGACAUUUCAAAAUGGUGGAGUUGUGAAAAGGCUAGGAAUGCCAUGUCUGGUUGCGGAUAGACAGAGGAGACAAGAUUCUCACUUUUGUUUUAAGAAGCUACAUGUAGAUUCUGAUUUUAUAUUAGAGCUUGAAAUCUGAAUGUUUGCACUUCUUUGGGGAUGAGUUUAGGGUAUAUUUAUCAUUCAAUAGCUAACUGUUUCAGUAGCUGUAGUUUUCAGUGCAAUGUAUAUGUAAUGAAUUGGAAUUACUGAAGGAAACCUAGCGCUUUUAUAUGAAUUUGCAAAUUGAAAUCCUCCAUAAAAAUGGAAUUUAAUUCUUUUGUCAUUAAAUGACAUGAACAAUUAGAGUAUAAACAUUUACAAAUUUAAAUGAACAAAUUAUUCUAUGAACACCAUAUGAAAAAGAAAAAGUACUUGCAUGUUCAUUUUAUAGAGAAUCUAAGAAAUAUUAUUUAUUGUACUGGAUGAUGUAGAGAAUUUUUAACUGAAUGUGAGAAGAUUGUAUGUUUGAUAGUCGGUACUAGGCCCCCUGCCUCAUAGAACAAAAUUACAAGGGCAUCACACUAAAUGGAAAGUGUAUUAGCUAAAGAGAUAUAAAUUUGAUCAUUGUAAUGUAUGCCAUCUGAUAUAUGUUUUACUAGGCAACAAGGUUUUGUCCAUUCAGUUGUUACUAUUUAUUGUUUAUAAGUCAUUUGUUUUGGUGUUAAGAACUUCAUUAUGUAUUUCUGUUGUUAUUGAUGGUUCUAAGUAUGUACAUGUGUGUCCAAAUUAUAUAACAGAUUUUAUUGGAUCAAAUGUUAUAUGUACGUCUUAAUUGUCACUGAUGCCUCAUUCAUAUGCAGAUUAAUUUUUAAGUUUUUCUUGAAUAUUUGGAGUAUGUGUUUCAUUUUUUUAAAAAUAGAAUUCUGGGUAACAAGGAAUAACCCUUGUACUAUAAAUACAAGCAAUGCCAGAUUUUUGUGAAUUACUGCCAUAUUUAAUUUCCAUUUCCAGCAGCAUUUCCUCAUUAUUUUAUUCAAACAUAUUUUUAAUGAAAAUGAACUUGUGUUUUGUACAGAGAAUAAAUUGUAUGAAUUAU